AUGGAGAUAAGGAAAGAAGAGUUCAAGAAAUUAGCAGGGGAUACCUUGGGACACUUACACAGAAUCCUAGAGAAGCGACAGAAUGUUGGAGAGACCAUCGAGCUGACUGAGGAUGGUCGAGCGAUCGGAGUGGCGGAGAAACGGAAGCCGGUCGUGGAUUGCACCUGCUUCGGGCUGCCGAAGCGCUAUGUCAUCGCCAUGAUGAGCGGCCUGGGCUUCUGCAUCUCCUUCGGGAUCCGUUGCAAUCUCGGAGUGGCCAUCGUGAGCAUGGUGAACAACAACACGGUCUAUAGCAAUGGGAAACUCAUCAUAGAGCAAGCUAGAUUUAACUGGGAUCCAGAGACGGUGGGAAUGAUUCACGGAUCCUUCUUCUGGGGGUAUAUUGUCACACAAAUUCCCGGAGGCUACAUAUCACAGAAAUUUGCUGCCAAUAGAGUGUUUGGCUGGGCAAUCGUGGCCACAUCCUCACUGAACAUGUUGAUACCCUCAGCAGCCAGAGUCCAUUACAGCUGUGUCAUAUUAAUCAGGAUUCUACAAGGCCUGGUUGAGGGGGUUACGUAUCCUGCAUGCCAUGGAAUCUGGAGCAAAUGGGCACCUCCCUUGGAGCGAAGCAGGCUCGCUACUACCUCCUUCUGUGGUUCCUAUGCAGGGGCAGUGGUAGCAAUGCCUCUCGCAGGGGUCCUCGUCCAGUACUCAGGGUGGUCCUCAGUCUUCUAUGUCUAUGGGAGCUUUGGCAUGGUGUGGUACAUAUUUUGGCUGCUGGUGUCUUAUGAGAGCCCUGCCAAACACCCCACCAUUUCUGAUGAAGAGAAGACCUACAUCGAGGAAUCUAUUGGAGAAGGCGCCAAUCUUAUGAACCCUCUGGUAAAAUUCAAGGCCCCCUGGCGCAAGUUUUUCACCUCGAUGCCUGUUUACGCCAUCGUUGUGGCCAACUUCUGCCGUAGUUGGACUUUCUACCUGCUGUUGAUCAGCCAGCCGGCCUACUUUGAGGAGGUGUUCGGGUUCGAGAUCAGCAAGGUAGGCUUGUUGUCUGCUCUCCCCCACCUCGUCAUGACGAUCAUCGUGCCCAUUGGUGGACAGUUAGCGGACCACCUCAGAGCCAAGAAACUCAUGUCCACCACCAACGUCAGGAAGAUGAUGAACUGUGGAGGUUUUGGGAUGGAAGCCACCUUUCUGCUGGUGGUGGGUUUCUCUCACACUAAAGCUGUGGCAAUCUCUUUCCUCGUCCUAGCUGUCGGCUUCAGUGGAUUCGCAAUCUCAGGCUUCAAUGUUAACCACCUGGACAUCGCCCCACGUUACGCCAGUAUCCUGAUGGGACUGUCCAAUGGAGUUGGGACUUUAUCCGGGAUGGUGUGCCCUUUAAUUGUGGGGGCCAUGACAAAGCACAAGACGCGAGAAGAAUGGCAGUAUGUCUUCCUGAUCGCCUCCUUGGUUCACUAUGCGGGCGUCAUAUUCUACGGCAUCUUCGCCUCCGGAGAGAAGCAGCCCUGGGCAGAGCCUGAGGAACUCAAUGACGAAAAGUGCGGCUUCAUACAUGAGGACGAGCUCGCAAACGAGGUUGAGGACGCCGGCCUUGGCUACGGGAGCUAUGGGGCCACUGAGACGACCAACGUCACCAACGGUGGCUGGGCCAAUGAGUGGGACAAGAAGGAGGAAUUCGUCCAAGAGCAGGGGAAGGAUCCAUACAUGUACGGCAGCGCGCAAGACAGGGACUUAUCCUGA